AACUCCCUUUUGCUCCGAACUACAUUUUCAUGGGUAUCUGCUAAAAUUAUCUACAUUCACCCAAAAGAGCUCCGUUUGUUUGGAUUUCAAAAUCUGCAGACUUUAAACAAAUGAGAUUUGCAAGACGCCAUGGCUGGCAGCGACCCCUCCACCCUUUGCAGUUUGUGGGGAUGGGAGUGUACAGUAUUCUGGUUGUGGCUUUUUAUACAUUCCUCGGCCUUUUCCUUGGGAACAGAAUUGCAGAGAUCACAGUCACUUCGAUCUUUUCCUUUGUGGCAUUUUCAGUCAUGUUGCUAUUCAUUAGGUGUGCUGCAAUCGAUCCCUCGGAUAAAACCAGCUCUAGGAAGAAGAGAAAGGGCAAAUCUAAAGGGGUUUUGAAGCUAAAUUAUGGGUUUAUUUUGAGCCAGAUUGCUGUGAGGUUUUUUAGGAGGCUGGAGAGAAAGAUUCUUAGGACUUUUAUAAGGAGGAAAUAUCUUGAUCCAGUGAAAACUGAUGUUCAAAUGGAGCCAUUGCUCCCAUUUCCCCUUGUCAUGAAAGAUGAUGCAAUUUCACCUGACUUGAAAGAGGAUGACAUCUCCUAUUGCUCACUAUGCGAUUUCGAGGUGAAAAGGCAUAGCAAGCACUGUAGGACUUGCAACCGAUGUGUUGAAGGGUUUGAUCACCAUUGCAGGUGGCUAAACAACUGCGUAGGUAAAAGGAAUUACACAACAUUUAUUCUUCUAAUGGUUUUUGUGCUGCUAAUGCUAAUUAUAGAAGGAGGAACUGCCAUUGCUAUAUUUGUCAGGUGCUUUACAGAUAAGAAAGGAAUAGAGCAAGAACUCAAGAAAAGGCUCUAUGUAGAGUUUCCGCGUGCUGUUCUUGCCACAAUAUCAAUUCUGUUGGUUUUAUUUACUGCUUAUGGUUCAGCAGCAAUGGGACAGCUUUUCUUCUUUCAUGUAGUUCUUAUAAGGAAGGGAAUGAGGACAUAUGAUUAUAUACUGGCAAUGAGAGAAGAGAGCCAGUUCGGAUCAGAUCCGUUUGAUGAUUCAGACAGUUCAUCUGAUGAGAGCACUGAUUUUGAUUCACCUGAGAAAUCAACAUUUAUGUCAAAGUUUAUAUGCAGAGGUCAAAGAGUAAACCAGAAUAACUCGAAGUUGUCCAUAAGAAUCGACAAAGAUCCUGAAGCAGAAGAGAGAGAAAGCUUAGCCAACAAGAAACAAGGCUUCCACGUAAGCAUUAAUCCAUGGACACUGAUAAAGCUAAGUAGUGAGAAAGCUCUUCUAGCAGCUGAGAAGGCAAGAGAAAGGCUGGUUAAACAGAAGCAAGUGGGGGAACUUGAUUCUUUGAAGCCACUGCCAUUGGAGACCAAACGAGGACCGCUGGUGAAUCCAGAUAGGAAUGUGGCUAAUCCAGGAUCAGCCUCCACGCCUCUCAUUUCCAAAGGGAGGCUUCAAGGAUCACCAGGAAGGUUAACAAGCCCUAGAAGGCGUUUUUCUGGUUCUCCAACCAUGUUCUCCAGUGUUGUGCCGUCACCAAAGCAGAAGUACAGAAGUAAUUUUGACUUGAAGUUAACAGAUGUUUCCCGGGAUCUUGAGACAUACAUUUCAAGACAAGUCUUGUGUUCUGUUAUAAAAAAGGAUGGCAGUGAGGCAUCCCCAAGAUAGAAAUUUUCUCUGUUUCUCAGCCUUUGAGAAAGAUUCUUUGGUUUUUAGAUAUGUAUGCCAUUUAUUACUACAGUAUCUAUAAAAAAAAAAAAAGCUU